AUGGAGGACUUCCUCGACGCCGCCAAGAAUAAAUUAGGCGAGUCCGUCGAGGGCGUCGCGGCGCUCGCGGCCAAGGCCGGCGAGGUCGGCCAGGAGGCGCUCGGCGUGCUCGCGGAGGCGGCGAGCGCCGACGUCGAGAGUUACGGCGAGGGGAUGAUGCCGCCACCAGAACCGGAGACGCUCGCGGGUUUAUUAGACGCGCUGGUCAAGGCGGACGCCAAAGUGUCUGCGAGAGACGCGCACAAGUCGGUGACGAAGAAGGACGCCUUCAAGGAUUUGUCGGUGGGCAAGGUCAAGAAGGCGCUGGCCGCCGCCAAAAAGCGGGCCAAGCCCGCCGAGGCGGCCGCGCCGGCGGCCGCGCCGACGCCUGAGCCGCCCGCGGCGCCGGCCGCGCCGCCGCCGGAGCCGGCCGCGCCGCCGCCGUCGGCGGCCGCGCCGGCCGCCGACCCUGCCGCCCUCGAGGCGGCCAGAGAUAGGGAGGAGCGGGAGCUCGAGCAAAAACUCAGAGCGGCGGGGCGGCGCUACGCGGAGAGCGAGGCGCGCGCCGCCAAGGCCGAGAAAGCAUUAGAGGACGAGCGCAAGGCGGCUCAGAUGAAGGCGGACGAGCGGGACGCGGAACUAACAAAGCUGACGCGGCGCGCCGAGGCGGCCGAGCACAAGGCGAGCCAGAGCGCGUCGGCGUCGGACGAGCUCGCGACGGUGACCGCCGAGCGCGACAAGCUACGAAAGGACGCCGCGGCCGCCGAGGAGAACGUAGCAAAACUCGAGGCCGACCUUAGCGAAGCGCGCGACGCGUCAGAGAAAGGCAGCGGGCUCGAGGCCGAGCUCCAGGCCGCGCGCGACCGCAUCGCGACGCUCGAGGCCCAGGUCAACGCGCCGACGGGCGACGCCGACGCCGACGCGCUCCGUGCAAAGGUUGCUCAACUGGAAACAAAAGUAGCGGCGAACGACAAGGCCAUGGCCGAGGCCGGCAAGCGUUUUAAACAAUUGAAGGAGAAGGCGAAGCGGCGGGUGGAAGAGGAGAGCGCCAAGCUCAAGCCACUGCAGGCCGAGAACGACGAGUUGCGAGCGAGGCUGGCCGACGGGGGCGGCGACGCGCCCGUGCAGGACGAUUCGAAAGUGAAGGACUUGGAAAAGGAGGUGAAGGCCCUCAAGAAGCAGCUCCGCGAGGCGCCGAAGCCGUCUACGUCGUCCGGCGACGAACGUGUGCGAGAACUGGAGCAGGAGCUCGAGUGGGCGCGAGAAGAUAAAGGUGGCGAGGCGGAGUUAUUAAGGGAGGAGCUCGCGGAGGCCAAGAAGAAGGCCCAUGCGGCGCAGACGCAACGCGCGGCCGAGGUCGAACGACUAGAAGAACGUUGUAGAGCUCUAGAACAGCAGAAUUCGCAGCAGGGCCAGUCCUUGGUGAGUUUGCGGGGCGACGUCGCCAAGAUCACGGAUAGUGAACGGGCGAAGCGCGAUGAUCUUGAAAAGGAGAUCGCGCGCUUGACCGAGGCCGCGUCGAAAUUGCAGAAAAAAUGUGAUGAUACUGAAAAAAGACGGGAGGACGUCGCCGCGGAGCUGAGCGAGGCGCUGGCGAGCGGUGGCGGCGGCGGUGGUGGUGGUGGUGGUGGCGAGGACGCUGAACAGUACAAACGCGAGGCCGCUUCCGCAAAAAAGAAGCUAGAUGCUGUGGUCGAAAGGUACAAUACGAUGAAGAAGAAGGCCAAAGCUUCAUUAGAUGAGGCCAAGGCCGAGAUCGCUUCCCUGAAGAAACAGCCUGUUGUCAAAGAGGACUCGGAGGCCUUGGAGCAGGCGCAAUCGAAGCUCAAGGCAGUUGUGGAGCGCUACAACGAGCUCAAGAAGAAGUCCUCUGCUGCGAUCAAGGACCUGAAGGCGAGCCACGCCGCUCAAAUGAAGGAGGCCGCGUCCUCAAACGCGUCGGCCGACGAGUUGGCCAAGGUCACCGCCGAGCGCGACGCGCUGCUCGAGAAAGGUAGUAGUGAUGCAUCCGCGGAGCUCGCCUCGACGAAGCGCAAGCUCGAUGCCGUCGUCGAGCGCUACAAGCAGCACAAGGCCCAGGGCAAGGCGGCCAUCGAGGAGCUCCAAAGGCGCCUCAAGGAGGCGGGCGCCGCGCCGGCCGCCGCGGCGCCGGAGGGCGCGGCGGGCGGGGACAAGGAGAAGGAAAAGGCCCUGCGCAAGCAGGUCAUGGAGCUGCGGAGGGAGCUCGCCAAGGCGAAAAGGGACGCGCGCGCCGCGACGCGCGCCGCGGCGUCCGGCUCCCAGGACGGCGAGGCGCCCGCGCCGCCGGCGCCCGACGCUGCGGUCAGCGCGGAGCUCGAAGAGGCCAAAGCAAAAGCCGAGGCGGAGCUAGAAGAGGCCAAGGCCGCGCUCGAGGCCGAAAAGAACAAAACAAAGGCCGCCGAGCAAAAACUCGCCGGCUUCGAGCAACGCGGGAAAGCCGCGGCCAAGCGAGCUAAAGACGCCCAGGCUCUACUGGACAAGGCUUCUGAACGCGAAAAGAUUUUAGUACAACAGGAGGACGCCGCGCGCGCCGCGGCGGCCGCGGCGGAUGCAUUAAGGGCCGACGUUGACCGGCGCGCCGCGGACGGGUCGUUAUUAGCUGCAUUAAGGGCGGACGCGGCGCAAGCUCGACGCGAGGCUUCGGAGGAACGAGCAAGGGGCGAGGCCAAGCUCGAGGCUGCGGCCAAGGACGCGGCCGCUACUUUGGAUAGGUAUCGAGCGCGGUCAGCGGCCGCUUUGAGGAGGGCGGGCGCCCAGUCCAUUGAUCGAGGAGCGAAAGCGGCAGAUUUAGAAGCGCAGUUGGAAGAGCUUCGGGCGGACGCGGCCCACGCGGCCAAAGAAAGGGACAUGGCGCGCGACGACGCCGCGGCCGCACGGCGCGAGGCCGAGGACGAACGGGAGCGUGCUACAUCUUUUCAGGCACGCAUGGAAGAGUUCGGCCGCACGGCGGAGUCGGCCGACGCCGCGGCGCGCGACGCCGGCGCGGAGGCCGAGGGAGCGGUCCAGGCGGCCUUCGCGGCGCGCGACAGCGCGCUGGCCGAGGCGGCGAACGCGCGCGCGCGCGCGGUCAUGCUGGACGAGCAGCUGCGGGAUCUGAGACAGCAGGUCGAGCGGGGCGACCCCUUCGUGCUCGUGGACGGCGACGACGACGACUUCGUGUCGCUCGGGCGCGACGACGGCGUGCGGCUGGACCUCGAGGCGCUGCGGGCCGCGCCGUCGUUCGCGACCGCUUAA